AUGACAAUGUCUGACAAUAAUCCGCCAAUAGUCAAAUUCACAACAGGAAUUAGUGAUCGUAUUCAACUUGGACAAGGGACAACCUUUUUGCCCGGAAAGAAGGAUCCAUCAGUACAACAUCUCAUCGACCACGUCCUCGAACACGGCUAUGUUAUCCUCCCUAACAUAUUUACGCCAGAGCAAGUAGAUAUAGCAAAUUCCGAAGUGGCACGACUUGAAACUCUUGACGCUGGGCCUGCUGCAAUUGCUGGUCGAAACUAUUUUGAGGGUUUCAAGACUGGAAGAGUAUAUGCUCUUGCAGACAAAUCCCGGGCGUUUGACCAGUUUCCAAUACACCCCACUGUUUUGGCAUUGAACGAUUACUUCCUCCAACCCAAUUAUUUAAUUACCAGUCUGCAUACUGUGGUGAUCUAUCCUGGACAAACUGCGCAGGCUAUACAUUGCGAUGAUGGAUUGAUCGCACUGCCGAGACCAAGGCCACUGAUCGGUAUUGGCACCAUGGUCUCAUUCGAUGAUUUCACUGCCGACAACGGUGCAACUACUGUAAUUCCAGGGUCACAUUUAUGGUCGGACGACCGCAUCCCAACCCGAGAGGAAAUGAUUCCGGUAAUAAUGCCAGCAGGCAGCAUGGUCUAUUUUCUCAAUACUCUUUGGCAUUCGGGUGGAGCGAAUACCUCAAACAAGGCUCGUCGCAGUAUAACAGUUCAGUAUUGUCAACCCUGGAUACGGACAUUUGAAAACAUGACAAUUGCAAUGGGCUGGGAUGAUUUAGACAAGGUUCCAGAGAGGCUCUUGAAAUUGAUGGGAUUCUCUACGCAUGAUUUCAUGGGUUAUGUAGAUGGCCGUUCGCCCCGAGCCGGUGUGGAGAUGCGAAAGAAAAGAAUGAUCGAGCGAGCGUUCAGGGAGAGAGAUGAACAGCGUGGCUCGAAACUCUAG